AAAAAACAAUGUAGAUUGUCAUAUUAAUAGACAAUAAGGGGAGAAAUAUAAUUACAAAAACUAAUAAGGAAAAUGGUAAAAUACACAGAAUUAUGUUAACUCAUCAUUACAUGAGAUUAUGUUCACCUGUAGUCAACUUCUGAAAGCUGCCCACGCGUUUGAGAAGAAUUAAGAAUUUCAAACAUAUUUAAGAUAUCACCAAGUUCUUAUUUACUUUGAACAUGUUCAAACCACCACAGAACUACCAGCAAUUAAUUUCAAGAAUUCACUCAUGUUCUCCAUUAGCCACAUGCAAAUCCCCAAAUUAAAGUAAGGUGUAAAGAAAUGGACAGGGUCAGUUCCUAUUGUUAAUCCAACGGGUAUCUAAAUGAAUUAAGUGCGAAUUAUUUGAGCUUUUUCAAGCUAGACCAAGUUCAUUUGUAAGUUUGUACCUGAAGCUAAGAUUUCUAAUUCAAAGCUCGAUGUCAAAAGCUCACGAAUAGCCCUUCUACAUGUGCAUGAGUGUGUACAUUUUUUUUAUCAGCACGCAUGAGUGUGUACAUAGAAUUAAUAUAUUGACCAGGUAAUUUUAGUUUCACUCACGAGGAAAGGGGCAUUAUGUAUCCAGAAAUUAUGAUACUUAAUAUGCAAAUAAAACUAUAUAAGAUCAUUAAAGUUACCCCAAAAUUAAUUAAGAAAAGAAAAGAAAAAAUUCUGUUUCAAUUUCUUUUCCUUUUCAAUCACAAAUAUGAACACUAAAUUUGAAAUCAACCAAACUCAAGUAGCUUGUUUUUUCUAUAGCGAAACUUGAGCUUCAAAUGCUUAGCUUAACUCAAUUUGUUUCAGCCCUAGCUAAUACCAUACAAAUAAAAGCAUAUUCAAAUAAUAUAUACUUGAAUGCUUUUACUAAAAAUCCUUAUUACGUAACUUUGUAUAUUCAUGGACACAUGCAUGGGUUAUCUUAAAAACCAGUAUAUAUAGACGUCUUUGGUGCAGGGUUCAGAUGUACUUUUUAAUCAUUUUCUGAUAAUGCAAAACCUUAUUCUUUCACCUCCUUUCUUUCUUUUCAUCUUUCAUGGUAUCUAGAGCCGGGUUUUUUUUUUGUCACAAUGACUUCUUCCUCCUCCUCCACUAUUAGCACUCCUCUUCUUACAAUUGAUCGUUCUUCAUUUAUUCCCUACACCUUCAAUACCCCUAUCAAUCGCAAAUUGAAUGAGGACAACUACUUGAUUUGGCAACAACAAGUCCUUGCCACCGGGCCUCAAUCUUAUGCACUUCCUGGAUGGUUCUUGUGCGCCUCCACGCUUCUCCACAUGCUUCUCCAACGAUAUGGAUGUUGCAAACAAUAUAAUUUCUCAAGAUUUUCGCAAUCAUGAACAGCAGGAUCACCUGCUAGUUGCCUGGCUGCUGGCUUUAAUGAUCACGCCUAUCCUCACCAAGAUGGUGGACCUUCAUACGUCUUCUCAGAUAAGGGAUCGGCUGAACACCUACUAUGCCACUCAAACACCUGCCAAAGUAAAAAAACUCAAAAUCCAACUCCAACAAACCAAAAAAGACAGAUCUGGUUAGUUGGGUCUCCUAUUACUCCCGAUGACCAUAUUGAAGCUAUCCUAGAUGGUUUAUCCGACUGACAGUUUUGUCAUAUCAGUGACCUCAAAAAUCGUUCCUCACAGUAUUCAAGAUAUUGAAGCCCUUCUAUUAGCCCAAGAAGAAAGAUUUGACAGACACCGCCUCCAAGAACAACAGAUAGUGCAAGCAAAUGUUGCUUCCACCUCGAAUAAUACUUCAAGAAAUUUUAACAGAUCUUCAUCUAGUAAAAAUAGAGGAGGCAGGUUCAGAUUUAACAACAGAAACUCAAGGUCUUCCUUCAUAAACAAUACCAGAAACUCAACAACAAAUAAUUCUAACCACAUGAAUCGGCUCCAAUGUCAAAUUUUUGGAAAAAAUGGUCAUAGUGCUCUGGACUGUUGGCACAGAAAAACACGUCUUCAACUACAACGACAUUGUAAAACUUGGAAAUGACUCAGGCAACUCAGGAGAUAAUUUACAUGGAAAUCUUAAAGAUGCCCUAUAUGUUUUCCCUUGUUAUAACUCAAACAAAUACUAUGUGCACUCUGCUACGUAUAAACCUGUGAAAUCUACGUUUACUCUUUGGCACUCAAGACUUGGCUAUGCAUCAUCCAAUGUUGUUCAAAGUGUGCUUACUGCAAUAUAUCUUGUAAUAAACCGAAUACUAUUUGUGAAUCGUGUGUUCUUGCUAAGUCACAUGAGCUUCCAUUUUCUAGAUCAAACACUGUUUACACUGCUCCUUUACAAUCAGUGUUUAUUGAUAUAUGAGGAUCUGCUCCUAACUCGUUAUUAUAUUCCAUUUCUUGAUGCUUUCUCACGUUAUACUUGGCUAUACUUGAUACACUCCAAAUCUCAAGUGCAUCUGUUUUCAAACUGUUCAAAGUUUUUCCAGAAACUCAAACUGGCUGCAAACUAAAAUGCAUUCAAACAGAUAAACUAAAGAAUUUCUAUGCUUUUCUACUGUUUUACGUGAGUAUGGAAUAUGUGAUCGCCUAACUUGUCCAUAUACACAUGAACAAAAUGGUUCUAUAAAAAGAAAACAUAGACAUGUGGUUGAUGUUGGUUUUAUCAUUAUUGGCUGGAUCGUCUUUACCUAUGAGUUACUGGGGGAAGCUAUUAAUUUUGCUAUAUCUAUUAUUAACGUGCUGCCCCACCUGUGUUGAAUAAUGUGUCUCCAUAUCGUCUUCUGUUUAAAAAUUUACCAGACUAUCAUUUUCUAAAACCUUUUGGUUGUGCUUGUUACCCUGUGCCACACCCAUAUAAUUCAAACAAACUUGAUUUAAGAUCUUCUUUAUGUUUAUUUAUUGGUUACACUCCUAAUUUCAAAGGAUAUGUUUGUAAAUCUCUUUUCAUGUUUCAAACCUAAAUGUUUCUCAUGCAAACAAAAGCGAUAUGAUAAAAUUAUCAAAGACUAGAGUUUAAUUAA